ACAGUUAGCUAACGUUAGCCGUUAGCCAACUCCCACAUUACCUAUCUGUCGGACAGCCAACAGCCAAUUUAGUAGGUAGAAGUCCAUUAUCGGACAAGUCCUUCAGUCAGAUUCCACGCUACGUAGCAACAUCUUAACGUUUUAUCACAUGGGAAGUAGACGUACAAAAAAACAAAAUAUAUGGUUUUAGGCACACUCAAUCAAGUGUGUCUCAUUUUACACCGCCUAUAUCCAUUAGUUACGUUAUUUGUGUAAGAGUCUGAUAUUGCUUGAGACAGAGAAACGAUAAGGCUAAUUGGAUGUUGUGGCGGGUAACGUUAGAAAUGUAACGUUAGCAGUUAACACCGUUGUAUUUUGUCAGCGAACUUGACACGAAUUCAAGCUAAGCGUGUAUUUACCAGGAUGUCGGACAGCGAGUCUAUCAAGAAAAUGUUACGGUCUGUACUCCAGUCUAGCAAGGCUGGCGUGUCUAUUAACAGCCUCCAGUCAGAGUACCGAUCACUGUGUGGAGAGAUCAUCCCUCUGAAGAAGCUGGGCUACCUAAAGUUGGAGGACUAUCUCCGAAGCAUCCCUUCUGUGGUCCGCCUGGAGUACCGCAUGGGUGAGUUGAAAUGCUUCGCCGCAGUGUGUCAGGAAACGGCCCACAUCGCUGAACUGGUGGCAAAGCAGAAGAGUUCCAAAAAAUCUGGUCGCUCCCAAGUCGUCAACUGCAGGAUGAGAUUCAAACCCUCCAACCCGUACAUGCUCAAUGUGAGGCCGAGGUCCUCUCUGCGCCAACCCUCAGCUAGUGGUGCUUCAAACUGGCCAGCGAGCCACCCUCGGCCCCAUGGUGGCUACAGAGGAUUCAGUGCCUCAGGAGAUUACAGGCAGUUGGACCAAAGAUUAAGCUCCAUCACCCCUGUUGAACACAGACAACCAGCUGCUCAACAAGCUGUGAAACGAUGCAUCAUCCCUGACAGCAGGGAAGAGAAGAGCUUGGCAAAUUACCAGAAGCCUAGGGGUAUGAGGCACCUUCUAGAGGAGCCCCCUGAACAAGUCUCCAAACCCAACUGCUCUCAGUCUGGUGUGUAUGACCUGCAGCAGGAACAGAGCAGAAUAACUCAGCUAUUGAAGAAGUUCUGCAGUGGACUCUGGAUGUCAAAACUACCAGGGGUCUACAGUGAUAUGUUCAAUGAGACGCUGCACCCUCAGGUGCUCAUAGAUCUAGAAAAAUGGGCAGACACUUGUAUGGUGGAGCAACCUUCUAGCACAAACCGAGCUGAUCGCCUGAUUUACCCUCCUAUGCUUCCCAAGCUCUCGACCGUCCCUAGAAACAGCAACCCUCCAAAAUCACCCACAGAUUCAAGCACCAUCACCACACUCACUUCUUCACCUCCCUCAACGCCCGAGCAACCUCCCUCCCCUCUCUCCUCUCCCCCUGCUCCUAAACCUAGAGUUUCCCCCGUAAGCCCCUUGGCUAAGCCCACAUUCAUUUUCCCUCCACAACCUGUUGCUUCCUCUUCAGGCAAACUGUUGUCUCCAGUCUCGUCACGCAGCCCUGUCCACAACCCAGCUCUUGUUCCCCAGCUGGCCCCAUGUGUCAAUCUCGCACUCAAUGCCAACGGCGGAUGUAAAGAUAAUCAUCACUCUCCUACAGCGACCCUCAACCAAAACCCUCAGCCGUCAGCCCCUACCUGGACUUCCCCUGCAGCAACCAGCCCUCCAGCGUUAGCUUCCUCCCUCCAACCUGGCCCUGACAUUUUACCGCUUUUGAAGGUCACUUUCUCCCCUACCUCCAAAUCUUCCCCUUCUCCUCCCUUAAAAUCUUCUGCCGCUGUCGUGUCAGCUGAUGUGCGUCUAAGACUAAAGGAGCUUCUGGUCAAGUACAAUCAUGGUCUGUGGGUCCACGCUCUGCCCAAACUCUUUAUGGACACGUACAAGACGCCGUUCCCUGAACAUGUUCUGGACAAUUUAUCUCUUUUGCUGGAUAUAUGCACUGUGGAGUACCCUCUGGCACAUGACAAGAAGAAGGCCAUCCUGUAUAACUCCAGCAGAGCCGAUGUGGAGGCCGCAGACAGCCAAGACAGCCAGCAGUGCAGGAACCAUCCCCUUCCCUCUGGUCUCGAGGUUCUGAACCCUGUGAUUCCUCCCUGUCUAGUUCUUCCCUCGGAGCAGUACCCCUCUGUGCUGAUUACUGAAGCCAAAAGCAGCAACACUGUUACUAUACGGUAUGUAGGUGAGAACUAUUCCCAUGCCCAGGAAGCCAUGGAAGACGCCAUGCGCUCCUUCUAUAGCCAAGGCUCCUCCCACCAUCCUCUAUCUAACCCUCUUGUUGGUCAGCUGGUAGCAGUUAGAGGGGAGGACGGAGAUGAGAUGGCCAGAGCUCAGGUCACUGAGAUCACCCCUAUCAAUGUCAAGGUAUACUAUGUGGACCAUGGCGUCUCUGUGGACACUGUUGCAACCAAUCUGCUGGAGCUGCACCAGGACUUCCUCUCUCUGCCCUUCCAGGCUACUAAUGUCAGGCUUGCAGGUCUAGAGGCAUUCAGCUCCCAUCCAUUGGUGCUUUCCUCCUUGGACAAGUUGGCAGUUGGGAAGAUUUUGCUAAUGGAGACAUUAGAGCCUUGUCAGCAGAAUGAGAUGCCUGUGGCAGUGCUGUACGACACCUCGCAGGAUGAUGAUCUCAACAUCAACUCCACCUGCCUCAAGGCUCUACAGGACGAGACCAUGAACAACCCUCUCACUGUAAAUGUUACCUAUCAGGACGUGUGUGUCACAAAUGUGUGUGUAGAUGGCAUCAUCUACUGCCAGCUGCCCUCCAGAGGAAUUGCCAGACUCAGCAAGUUACUGGAAGAAACAGAGGCCUUCUUCAUCUCACAGAUGACGCCUGAGUCCUUGGUUUCUAGACCCUUCACUGGCAAGUUCUGUCUGGUUCGCUACAAAGGAAAAUGGUCCAGAGUGGAGAUCACCAACCUGUACGGCAACAGAGUGAUGGAGAUCCUCCUCAUCGACUUGGGUGUCUCAGCAACUGUAGAGGUCACUGAGCUCCGAGAGAUCCCCCCUCUUUUCCUCAAAGACUUCACCAUCAUCCCACCACAGGCUAUCAAAUGUCAUCUGGCUGACCUCACAGUUCCAGAGGGAGAUUGGCGUCCAGAGGCCGUACUGUGGGUGAAGGAGGCUGUCCUGGGAGCUGAAAACUGUAAAAUGAAGAUCUUGAAAUUAGACCAGCACAAAGGGGACAGACUGGUCCACAUGUACCUGUUCAUCGGUGCUAGCAGUCAGGAGCUGGACAAGAGCAUCAACCAUCAGCUGGCCCAGUCAGAGCUGUGGCAGAAACUCACAGCUCAAAACAAAAACACUAGUGUGGAUACAGGUCUCAGUGCUCUAGUGGAGAAGUUGACUCUCAGUCCUGUUCGGAACGCCGCUAUCAAGGACUCAACUCAGACUCACCACAGAGCAGAUGAAUCACCUGUCCAAGAUACAACCACCAAAACUACGAUGCAGCCACUUCCACUGCCUCCUCCACUGGAGCUUCCCCUGCCUGGUGAGAAUAUAGAUGUGUUUGUGCCAGCUGCCUGCCACCCUGGUUACUUUGUGCUGCAGCAGUGGCAGGACCUGCAUAAGCUGGUGGUGUUGAUGGGGGAGAUGAUGCUCUACUAUAACCAGAUGUUGAAGACCACCACAGCCACACACAUUCAGAAAGGAGACGUCUACGCUGCCAAAAUAGACAAGAACUGGCACCGCGUACUGGUGAAAGGCGUUCUGGCCAAUGGGCUGAUUUCCGUCUACGAGUUGGACCACGGCAAACAUGAACUGGUCCGCAGUACUCUCCUCCGGCCCCUGAUAGAGGAAUUCAGACAGCUGCCCUUCCAGGCCAUGACGGCACAACUGGCAGGUGUGACGCAGCACCAGUGGUCAGAGGAGGCCUCCAUGUUAUUCAGGAACCACGUGGAGAAGCGAGCACUCGUAGCCCAGGUGGAGAGCGUGCAGGACGGGUCAGAGGUCAAAGGUGAGGUGUGGGAGCGCAGGUUGACGGUCUACCUGGUGGACACCGGAUUAGAGGACAGGGACCUUUGGAUUCACAGCAUCAUGGCCGACAUCGGUGGUGAGCUGUCUUCUGCUGCCUAGGACGUGUGGUCUGGCGCGGCGGGGAACUAACCAGCAAGCAGACUCUGUGACUUAGUCCACCUCCCAAAACGUAUUUUGAACCAGCAACUGUUCUUUUCCUGGUUCUUCUCAUUUUCUAAACACAGUGAAAGUGCUCAGUGAACUUUUUGUUCGUUUUCAACGUUCUGGAUCUCUCUCCCAUUCAAAGACUGAAAAGAAGCUCUCUUAAUUUACAGGCUGCAGGCAUGGGUCUUGUGUAUAUAUACAUGUAUAUAGAUAUUGUUUUGUUGAGGAGUUAUUUUUUCUGAAUUUAUGGACAUUUACAUUUGAGGACUGGCACAAUCGAAUGCAGUUUUCCUCAAAAUUUGAGGAAGAAAGAUGGAAAAACAUUACACACUAUUAAAUGUUACUCUUGCCAGUCAUUCAAGUGAUCUUUCUGAAACAAACCUAACUCACUUUAAUUCAUCAACACUUUUUCUGUUCUUUCAUUUGAAGUCAUCUGUGUGUUGCAUGUUUUGUAUUUGUAUUAUUUAUGAAUCUUAUUUCCACAUCUAACUUGUUUUUUUUAUGCGUGCAGUGUUGUGGCUCAUUUGUGUAUUUAUACUACAUGUUUUACAUGAAUCCAACUGAAAUGGCAGAACUGCAUUAACCUACAUAGUUCAAACUUCACCGAUGGGAAUGCCUCCUUAUAUAUUUUUCUGUGUUACUCGGGCAAAAUAAUAAUUUGUAAUAUUUCUAGUGUUGUUUUGACAUGUAAAGCUGUUGACGAGUUCUAUUAAAACAUGCAGCUGAA